AUGGAUAUAAAGAAAGAAAAUAAUAAUAAGGAAAGUGAUAGUAGUUUAAAUUAUCAUAAAAAGCAAAAAUGGAAUAAUUCAGAAGAUAGACAAACAAAAUAUAAUAAUAAAAAACUUAAUGGUCAUAUAGAAAAUGGAAUUAUAAAUAAAAAUGAUAAAACAAAUAAAAACUAUUCAAGUAGUGAUGAAAAUCAACCAGAUGAAUUGGGAAAAGGAAGUAUAUUUGGUGCAUAUGAUAAUAAUAGGAGCAAAAUGAAAAAAAAUAAAAGCAUCCACCAUAAAGAUCUAAGUUACGUCACCGACCAAAUUUCGGAUAAUGUAAGUGACACAUAUAAAGUAUUAAUAGAUAUAUGCUUAAAUGAAAUUCGUAAAAAAAAAGACAAAAAUUUAGAUGAAGAAAGCAUGAAUCGCAGUGGAAUGAUAAAAAAUAGUGAUCAUUAUAAAAAGAAUAGCUACACUACUCAUGCAAAUGGUAAUGAUAUGGAAGAUGAUUUUUUUUUUAACUUAGAAAAUUUUAAAAGUUCAUCCCACAAAGAAAAUUAUAUAUCUAUAAACAAAAAACAUCCAUUAAAUAAUGAUUAUCUUUUUAAUAAUUCUGGGCGGUUUAAAAAAAUACGGAGUGAACCUCCCGAUAUAAAUAUAAGUAAUAAAAUAGAUAAACACGGUGAUAAUUUUGUUUUUGAAAAUGAUGAAGAAAACAAAGAAAAUGAGUUUAGUUCCUCACGAAAUGGAGCAUAUAUGGGUUCCCCCACUAAAUUCGACCCUAAUUUGAUAUACCACAAAAAUUAUCUCAGUCUUAAUGCACACGGAAUGAAUCAUAAUAAAGAGCUUAUUGAUAAGAAUGGCAAUUAUAGUACAGGUAAUCAUAGUUUUGAUGAACCUUGGGGAAAUAAAGAUACAUAUAAUCAGGAUAAUUACAAUUUAGAAAUACGAAAUAGUAAGAAAAUCGCAAGUGAUUUGAACAAAGAGACAAGCAUUAUAAGUGUAGGGUCUCGUAUAGAUGAAAUCGAAGAUGUAGAAGAUUAUGAUGAAACAAUGAAAGAUAAAACAUACAAGGGUUAUAAUCAGAGAAAUAUACUUGAUGUUUCUCCAAGAAAUGAUAUAGAAAAUGAUAUGUUCAAUAUUUUUAAAAAUGUUAUAAAUAUGUUAACUUACAAAUAUCCCGAGCAUGAUAUAAAAAGGUUUUUUUUUAAUAGCCAAAAUCGAUUAAAGAAUGAAUAUGAAAAUAAUAAAGAUAUGUCAAUAAAAUUGACAAGUUAUGAAUGUAAUAAAUAUAAUAAUAUAUACAGUUUAGUGAAACAGAGAUUAUAUUAUACAAAAAAUGAUAUAAAAAAUAGAAAUGACGUAUUAAAUUGCCAAUAUAAAUAUGAUAUAUAUAAUAAUCAUUGUGUUAAAAACAUACAAAGAAAUGUGACUAUUUUAUCACAUUUUUUACCGCAUACAAAAAAUCGGAAUUUUAUAACACAAAUAAAAUUUGAUCAAUAUUCGGAAAAUAUUUUAACAUCAGGAAUAGAUGGGUUUAUAAAAAUAUAUCAUGUAAAUACAGGUAAUUUGAUAUCUUGCAUUCGGGCCCAUAAUUAUGCAAUCACCGAUUUUGACAUUCAUCGAUCAAACAAAUAUAUAAUUUCAUGUGAUGAAAAAGGGAUAGUAAAGCUUACAAGUGUAGAUAAAUAUAAAAGUAAAAAUUUAUUAACUUAUCGAAGAACAUUUUCUAUGAAGAAUGUUUUUUUCUUUUACAAUGAUAUUGAAAGUAGUAUUGGUAGAAGUACGGGUUUUAAAUAUAAGACAUAUGCACUAUGUUCUACCAAUUCCUAUUUUUUCAUUAUACAUUUUGACGAUUUAAAUAAUGAUAUGCAAAUAAUAAAAUGGCUAGAUGUUAUGCCCUUAAAAAAUUAUAAAUUUUCAUUCAAUUUGCAUUUCUCAUAUUCCUUAAACUAUAACAUAGCGCCAUAUGUUUAUGAAAAUUUAAUUAUUUCAAAAAAUCCAAUAAAAGAGCUAAAAAAUAGUUAUUUAAUUUUUAUAAAUACGAAAAAUAAUUGCUUAGACGAUUUUAAAGAUACAGAGUUUGGAUCAUCUUCAUAUAAUAAAACUGGCAAAUUUAAUUUAUCUGGGACUAAUACAAUGGGAAGAUUGUCAAAUUUUUCCAUGAAUAGUAUGAAAAGAAAAAAAAAACUCACAUUCAUUCUUUUAACUACAAAGAUAAUAUAUGAUUGUAAUGAAGAAAAUGAUAGAAUGCUUAGUAUUACCCCGGAUAAUAUUGUUAUAACAAAAUAUAUCAACAAGACCGAUAAUAAUUUAAAUAAUAGUGGAAAUGGUGAUGAUGUUAUUGAAGUUUCUUAUAAAGGAGAGAAAAAAAAAAAUAAUAAUGAUGAAGAUAUAGCAUAUAAAAAAAUACAUCAAAAUUUUGAAAUUAAUAUUUUAGAAAAUGUUAAAAAUAAUGUAGGAUCUAUUUUGUUUAAAAAAUUUGAAGAUUUUAAUGACGAGAUAGUUAUGUUUGCUUUUUCAAAUACAAGUUCAAAUUUUGUUACAACUCACAUAAAUGGUGCAAUAUAUUUUUGGAAUCUUCGAGAGUAUCUUACCAAUAUUACAAAAAAAGAGAUUAGGGGGAGGAAAAGAAUUCCUGUUUGCUGCUUUUACACAUCUCUUUAUGUUGAGUUUGUGCUAGAAUCGUCCGCUAUUAAUGAAACAAAUAAGGCCAAGAAUAAUAAAAAUGAAAAUGCCAACAAUAAUAAAAGUAAUAAUAAUAAUGGGACUACAAAUAAAAAUAAAGAAACUGAAAAUAAUAAUUUAUUUGUUAUAUCGUCUACAUCAUGCUCUUCUUAUUGUUACUCAUCAAGUGAUAUGGACAAUACUUCAAAAAAAGAUUCAAAAAAUAGUAAAAUGAAAAAAAAAAAAAAUAAAACAAGCACAUCAAAUAAUCCGAACACAACAAAUGCAGCAUCUUUAAAUAGUAUAUAUAUUAGUGAAAACAAUAAUGUUCCAAAUUUAGGUGACAGUAGCACUAUAAUGGUAGGUAGCACCAAUGCUAAAACCGGAAAUAAUAAUAAAAAGGGAAAAAAUACAACUAAAGAUGAUGCAACAAAUUCGCUUGGAAAUGAAAAAUCGAAUACUAAACCAAAAUUGAGAGCAAAAAAAUUACAUUAUAAAAUAAGUAACAUAAAUUUUAAUGUAUCAGACGAGUAUAUUAUCGUUGCCGAUGGAAUUACGAAUAAGUCAAACUCAACAAAAGAAAUGAUAAAUGCUGUCACUAUGAAAACAAAUAUUUCUAUAUUUAGCUUACUAGAUUUCGAAGAAAUAAAAUAUUUCGAUUUAAAAAAAUGUGACAGUUAUAUUAGCUUUAUAGAGCCUAAUCCAAAUUAUAAAGAUAUUGUUUUAUUUGGUUGUUUUCGUAAAUAUAUUUAUUUAUUAAAUUUAGAGAAAAAAAAAAUUAUAAAAAAAUAUUCAUAUGAUAGUGAAUUAAAAAAUUUAAGAGCACAAUGGAAUAAAAAUGGUUAUACAUUUAUUGUUUCACAUAAUUAUGGUUAUUUUUCUAUUUUUACAUUAAAUAAUAAUUAUUCCUAUAAAUUAACAUUAACAGAACAAUUAACAUCUUCACAAAUUUGCUACCUUAGUGAAAAUAAUAAUAAUAAUAAUAAUGAAAGAGUUGAUGAUUUUGAUAACUUAAACUUAUUACCUGAAUUUUUUUUAUUUGAUUCAUAUUAUCCAAAUAAUCAAUAUGGAAGGAAUGGCAAUUCAAAUAGUUAUGAUUUGAGAGAUUAUGAUAACAUCAUUGAUAUAACUAACAAUGUAGACAGCGGAUUUAAUAUUGGAAGUCUUAUAGGUACAAACUCAAACAAUGUGAUACCUCUUAUCCAAAAUAACCAAACCUAUAAUACUCGUUCAGGACGAUCUGCCACUUCUAGCAAUAGAAAUAGAAAAAAUAACAAUGAGGAAAAUAAUUAUAAUAUUAUAAAUGAUAAUAGCAGUCCAGAAUUAAUACACACUCGAAGUAAAAACGGGAAAAAAAAUCGAAGGAUCAUAGAAGAUAGUUCUGAUUCGUCAAAAAAAUCAAACAAUACAAUAUAUACAUUAUAUAGUGAUAGUAACUCGAGGUGUUCUGGGAAAAAUAGUAAUAAUUCCCUUUUUUCAAAUAAAAAAAGUAAAAAAAAAAAAAAGGCUUCUAGCAAUAGCAAUGAUGAUAUAAAAAUAAUAGAUAAAAAAAGAUCACGACCAAAUAAAUCUCAUAUAAUAAACUUAGAAAAUAUGUCAGAUGACGGCAAUGAAGUUAUUACUGUAGAAGAUGUGUACAGCGAAGGUGAUCAGGAAAAUUAUAAAGAAAAUGGAAAAAGAGUGAAGAAAAAUGAGAUAAUAAAUAUUGACAAUGAAAUGGAUAGCAAUAAUUAUAUAGCAUCUUUUGAUAAUAAAAGGAAAAAAGGUAAAUAUUUAUUAAAAGAUAAUAAAAAAAAUAAUAAAAAAAUAUCAAAUGAAAAUGAUGAUGAUGCAUUUUUAAUCGAAGAUAAUGAAUGUAUACAAAUUAAUGAUAAUAAUAUUGUAUAUGUUAAUAAUUCAUAUGAGUCAGUAUUAGAUGAUAGUAAGAAAUUUGAAAAUAAUGAAAAAAUUAAAAAAUUAAACACAUUUUUUAUAUUAAAAAGUGAUAAUAUCAAAAGUUCAAAACACAAAAAGGAAGAUAAUCAUUCAUUUUCUGAUUGUGAUUCCUAUUUUGAUCAAUAUAGCUCUAUUAGCUUUUUAAGUGAUGAAUCAGAUUAUUAUAAUUAUUCAAAUUAUUUGGACAAUCUCAAAACAAACAGUAGUAGUAAUGAAAAUAGCAGUAGUAUUAGUGAUGGUAGUAGUAUUGAGGCUUAUGGUACGGAUUCAUCUGGGCAAUAUAUAGAGAGGAGCUUUGAAGAAAAUAUAUUUGGGCAUGCAAAAUGGGGCAGCAAAAAUAUUAUGAAUCGACUUAAGAAAAAGGGCAAGGCUUAUAAAAAAGGAAAUACAGAGAGUAUAACGAAAGGUGAUAAAAAUGGGGGAAAUAAAAGUGAAUAUAAUAAAAAAGUAGAAAUAAUUGAUGAAAAUGAAGAGAAUAGAGUAAUUUUAAACAAUUUUAAUAAUCCUAAUGUAUUGGUUGAUAAAAAGUUUAAAAUAUAUGAUCAUGAAUUGCAGCCUUUACUUCCACAAUUCACUAGUUUCAAUUGUAAAAAUGAUUAUUUUGAAUAUUUAAAAGAAAGUAACUUUGAUUCUAUUUAUGUACAUUUAAAUUAUUUUAAUUUUUUAAGAAAAAAAUUAAAAAAUAAUAAUGAUUUUAACUAUAAAAUCCUUCUUCUAUAUGGAAUAGUAUAUGAUCUUUUGUUAAUGUAUGGAAAUUAUUUACCUAAUUUUGAUAAAAGGUUAUUAAAUAUGUUUUUUUUGAAAGCGUGCCAAGAAAAAACUACAAAUUUUUAUAAAUCUUGUGAAGAUGAAACAGAAACUGGAAGUUAUAAUAAGAGAUCUAAAGAAUAUGAUAAAAAAAUAGUAUCUUAUAAGAGUGAUAAAACAUGUUCAAACAAUUCAACAACUGUUGUGUGUAAUAAAAUAGAAGGAAAAAAUAUGAGCACAUUAUCGCGCACAAUAGGAAGCGAAUUAUUUAGCGAUCCGUUCAACAACAGUAAAGGAAAAAUGAGCUCCCUAUUUAUAAAUGAAGAUAUGUGUAAUAAAAAAAAUAAAAAGGAAAAGAAUUUUAUUAAAAAAAUAAAUCAAUACAUAGAAACAUAUUUAAAAAAAAACAAUAAAUAUUUUAAUAGUGAAAAAGAUAAAAAGAGAUUUAUGAAUGUAAUAAAAAUUAGUAAAAUAUAUAAAAAUUUAAAACAUGAAGAAAAUGUGUUUUAUGAUUUUUAUAAUGAUGAUUAUUUAAAACAUCAAAAUGGAGUUAACUUGUCAAUUUUUUAUCAGUUUUUAAAAAGAUUACCAUGUAAAGAUGAAGAAGAUGUAGACUCAUUUAUUUAUUAUAAUAAAAAAAAUUAUAGUAAUAAGAAUAUUAAAAUAUUAUUUAAAAAAUAUUUAUCACAUUAUGAAUUAGUAGAUAAAAAUAAAAAAGAAUAUGAUUAUAAAUUAUUUAUUUAUUCCAAUAAUAAUACUAUUAUAUAUAUGAAUGAUACUGUUAAAAAGUUAUUACAUGUUUUAGAUGAAAAACAUAAGAAAACAUUAGUGAGAGAAAAUUAUAAUAUAUUAAAUAAUUUAUCAUUGAAAGGCAGAAAUUGCAUAAUUAAAAAUAUUAAUAAUCUUUUUACUUGCGAAUAUUUUAAUCCAUAUUCUGUUUAUGUAAGAUCACCUAUGGAUAAUUAUGAUCUAGUUAAUCCGAGAAAUUAUAAUAAUUCAUUUUUCCAAAACUAUUCAGGAUAUAAUGAUUUAUUUAAUGUCCUCAGGAAUAAUAUAUAUGAUGCCAAUUUUGAAAAUAUAGGAAGUACUACUAAUCGAACCGCACCAUAUACUAACGUUGCUAGAACCACCAAUCGUCGAAAUAACAAUAAUAGAGGAACAAGCCAUUUAUUUAAUUAUGAUAGUUUAGCACAUCCAAACCGAAAUGCAGAAAUAGCAGUCAUAAGCGAAGGCUCAUCCGCUUUUACUAGUGAUCAAUCGGCUAAUUAUUUCAUAGAAGAUGAUUAUGAUGACGAUUAUGAUGAUGAUUAUGAAGAUGAGUAUGUAGAUGAGUAUGAAGAUGAAUUUGAAGAUGAAUAUGAUGACGAUUAUAGUAAUGAUUCGAAUUAUUAUGGAAGAAGAAGUAGAAGAACUACUACUAGAAAAAGAAGACGUACACAUAGAACUGCUAGAUCUACUACUAGAAAUAAUAGAUCACGAAGGAAUACAACAAGAAGUAAAAAAAAAACUUCCAGGAGAAAAAAACCUAGUCGCACAACAGAAAAUACUACCAUUGCUACUUCUUCUAGAAAUUUGAAUGUCAGGAAAAGUGACAGAUUAAAGAAAAAGGAAGAACAGAGCACUAACACUAACACAAAUAGCGGAAUAACCAGUAGUCGCUAUUUUAGAAAUUCUUCUAACACCUCAAGAAAUAGAUAUAAUACUCGAUCUUCAAACAACAAUAACAACACUUCGAAUAAUAGUGGAAGCAGAAGUUUUAUUAUAUAA